UGCAUCUCUUUCUUGGCCAUGUAAAUUUGUUGUCAUUGCCUGGGAGCUUUUUGGAGCAAACCUGCAAUGCAAUGGCGUCCUCCAAUGUGCGCGACAAAGCUUUACAGCUUAUGAAGCUUGUUACCUCUGCAUCCUGCAGAUGUCCUGCCCACUCCCAAGCAUUUAGUGCAGGCCACAGACUUGGCUCUUCAGCAGCAAAUAAACAGCCAGAAAAAGAGUAUGCAUUUGAGAUGGCUAGCUCCAGUAUAAGGUUUGGUGAAGGUGUUACAAGAGAGGUUGGCAUGGAUUUCAAGAAUCUGGGGGUCAGAAAGGUCUGCUUGAUAACUGAUUCAAAGCUUGCAAGACUCCCACCAGUAGAGCAAGCUGUGGAGUCUCUAGUAACUCAUGGUGUAAACCAUGAGGUUUAUGAUAAAACCAGGAUUGAACCUACUGAUGCAAGUUUUAAAGACUGCAUUGCUUUUGCCAAGGCAGGGCAGUUUGACUCAUUUCUGGCUGUUGGAGGUGGAUCUGUUAUAGACACAGCAAAGGCUGCCAAUUUAUAUCUGUCACACCCUGACAAUGACUUCCUUGACUUUGUCAAUGCUCCUGUUGGCAAGGGAUUGCCUGUUACUAGACCAGUCAAACCGCUCAUUGCAAUUCCAACUACUGCUGGCACAGGAAGUGAAACAACAGGAGUCGCAAUCUUUGACUACCAACCAUUGAAUGCAAAAACAGGAAUAGCUAACAGAGCUAUUCGACCCAUGUUGGGUAUUGUUGAUCCACUUCACACCUUGCAUAUGCCAGAGCGUGUCACAGCUAACAGUGGAUUUGAUGUCUUGUGCCAUGCAAUCGAGUCGUUCACUGCCAUUCCUUAUAAGGAGCGUGGUCCGUGUCCUCCUAACCCUAAUAUGCGACCUGCCUACCAGGGCAGUAAUCCUGUUAGCGAUGUAUGGUCUAGACACGCCCUCAGCAUUAUACACAAGUACAUGAAAAGGUCUGUUCGAGACCCACAUGAUUUGGAGGCGCGGUCGCAGAUGCACCUGGCCAGUGUUUACGCGGGAAUUGGGUUUGGAAACGCAGGUGUACAUUUGUGCCAUGGUAUGUCUUACCCCAUAUCAGGCCUUGUAAAGUCGUACAAGGCAAAAGAUUACGACCCAAGUCACCCCAUAGUGCCUCACGGUCUGUCUGUGGUGGUGACAGCUCCCGCAGUUUUUCGGUUUACAGCGCCUUCCUGUCCCGACAGGCACAUUGAGGCGGCCCGUCUUAUGGGCGCAGACACGAGUAACGUCAAGCAAGCAGACGCCGGUCCUCUACUUGCCGACACUCUGCUCGAGUUCAUGCAUUCUCUAGACGUCGAUGACGGGCUUCAAGCGUUCGGUUACUCCACAGCAGAUAUCCCGAACCUAGUCAAGGGGACAAUACCACAACACAGGGUCACUAAACUAGCCCCAGCAGGGGCCCCUGGGGAAGAAGAACUCGCAAGGCUGUUUGAAGACUCCUUGUCGUUGUACUGAGUUGGGGUGAUGUCAAUAAAGACAUCUCGAGCUCCUUCUGGCCGCCGUGCCUACAGAGCAACAACAAUCAGCCGAUGUUCAUCCAGAGACAGUAUACAACCUUUCUAAUACUCAGGUCUCCCUAUAAUUCAUUCCUUGACCACCACUACUCAAUUGUACAGUUAUAAUAAAAUAUACAUUCUGAUAUUGUUUAUUAUAAAACAGAUCUACAUUAAAAUGUCAAUUACAUUUUUA